AUGGCUUUCCUCAAAGGAGUUGAACCCCUUGCUUGGAAGGACACGAAGUUGUUUGAGCCCAUUAAAGUAGGGAAUGUGCAAUUGGAGCACAGGGCCGUAAUGGCCCCCCUUUCAAGAAUGAGGGCCGAAUACCCGGGUUUGGUCCCAAACAGGCAGCUGGCCCUUGAGUAUUACGACCAACGGUCCAAGACACCUGGUACUCUGAUCUUUACAGAGAGUGUCAUUCCAUGCGCACAGGCAGGCGGGCAUGACCACGCACCCGGGAUUUGGACGAAGGAACAGAUUGACGAAUGGACAAAGAUAUUCAAAAGGAUACACGACAAUAAGUGCUUUGUCUGGUUGCAACUUAUCAGCCAAGGAAGACGUGGGUCCCCUGCAAACCUGAAGAGGGAUAAUCUACGGUUUGAUGCUCCCUCUCCAGGUGUGUACUUCGAUGAAAACUCGGAGAGGGCAGCUAAAGAAUGCGGGAAUCCCUUACAUGGUCUAACGAAGGACGAGAUGAAACAGUACAUUGCUGAUUAUGUGCAAGCCGCUAGAAAUGCAAUUGGAGCAGGCGCGGAUGGGGUGGAGGUCCAUUGUGCAACAGGGUUCCUUUUGAACCAAUUUUUGGACCCUGUAACGAACAAAAGAACCGAUGAAUACGGUGGCACGAUAGAGAAUAGAAUACGGUUUCCCCUGGAAGUUAUAGAUGGUAUUGCCGAGGCCAUUGGGUGGGAGAAAAUGGGGGUCCGCAUUUCCCCUUACAGUAAAUUUAAUGGCAUGUCAGGAAGUUCUGAUCCGACUCUUCUAGCAACGUACGUUUUACUUUUAGGUGAAUUACAAAAGAGAGCCAAUAACGGGAAACCCGCGGCGUAUGUUCACGUUGUGGAACCUCGUGUUAGUGCACCGCUCGCUGAUUACGACGAUAUUGCCGAUGUAACGGGAACUAAUGAUUACAUCUAUUCUGUUUGGAAGGGUGUGGUCAUCAGAGCGGGCAAUUUUACUCUACAGGAAGCUGAGACUAAGAAAGCUUUAGAGAACAAUAGGAGUUUGAUCGCUUACGGUAGAUUCUAUAUCGCUAAUCCCGAUUUAGUAGAGCGUCUAAGGGAAGGUCUCCCACUGAACAAGUACGACAGGUCCACUUUUUACACACAUACAAAGGAGGGAUAUACUGAUUAUCCAACGUUUGAAGAAGCUAUUAAUUGGGGAUGGAAGUGA